AUGGAAUGCGAGGGAAGGACUCUUGAGCCAGAGCCCAAGAUACCAAGAGCAUCGGUAGAAAAGAUAAUUUCAGAAACACUGGAAGCACCGCUUACGUGCAGCCGAGAAGUAAAGCAGCUUCUCCUGGACGGCUGUGCAGAGUUUGUGCACAUCAUAGCCACAGAGGCAAACGACGUGUGCGAGAAAGAGCAGAAGAAGACGCUUACGCACGAGCACGUGUACAGAGCGCUGAAGCAGCUGGGCUUUGAAGAGUACAUUGACAGAUGCCACGACUCGUAUAAAGACCACAUUGAACAGGCGAAGCUAAGGCCCUCGCGGCAGAACAAGCUGAAAGACUCGGGGCUGACGCAGGAUGAGCUGGAGAAAGAGCAGGAGGAGCUGUUUAGGAAGGCAAAGAUGUAUGCUCUCAGCCAGGAGGGAAAACAAGAUUCAGAAGAAUAA